AUGACCAGGAAGCUCCUGAAUUGGGGAUUUGAUAACUCACUUUCAGUUUUCAAUAGAUUUAAAGCAAAUUGCAAAAGGUUCUUAAUUGUUCCACCCGUAGUAAACUGUUUGUCCAUCAGGUUAGGUAGAGUGUUGGAGACUUGUACAAGGGGUGUUAACACUGAAAAAAUCAAUAAAUGUAUUACUUAUGUCUCUGCUGGUAUGCUCCCUGUUUUGUGGUUUAGGGCUGUGUUGUUAGGAUCCAAACUGGUUGCUGUUACGGUUAUGCUAGUGUUCAAGCACAAUCUGUUACCGAUGGAGGUUUGUCAGUACACUGAAGAAACCUUAGAAGCUGCCAUCAGAAAAUUUGAAGGCUUCGGCAAGACUCUUGUGUUUAAACCAUCUCGUGGUAUGGUUGCAACCAAAAACACUAAAGACCUGUAUUUUGAGGAGAUGGAAAGGUAUAUGCAGGCAAGACUUGCUUCCGAGGUAAAAAUUGGAACUUCCUAUAGAUUGCUUAGGGGUUAUCCUGGGAUGAAAGAUGUUUUUAACAAAAACGGUGAUGCUGUAAGACCUUCCACUUCGGUGAAACUGCAGUUGGAAACUAAUGUUCAAGAUAUUAUUAAGUUAACUAAUGUCACAAUCUGUCCCAAGGUAGGAGGGCAAGGUGGAAAGAUCAUUAUGGGUACUCUCGAAGCACAUGUGAAUGGGUUCCGGUAUAAAACCUCCGGUGCCCAUACAAAUAUAGAUGUUGUGUAUGAGAACAUAAAGUGUCCUUUCUUCCGAGCUGGAGAUGAUGAGAUACCUCCUCUCUUGCACUUACACUUGCACAACCAGAUCAUGUCAGGGACAGAAGAGACUAAUGAUACCAAUUUCCAGUUGGAGUCGUCCACUGUUGUACAGACUGAUGACCGUAACAAAGAUCUCCAGGACUUUGUUGACAAAGUUACUGAUGACCGUAACUGUUGUACGAGCCUACAGUUAUCAAUUAUUUUGAAUCACCAGAGUACGAAUUUCAUGGUUUUUUUUCCCACAGGGGCGCGGGCUGUCUUUGCACUGACUUUAUUUUUCCUAGUAGAGCUUGUAGAAACAAAUCCCAUUGUGGUUAAACUAGACGAGAUCGAGAUUGUCAAUCUGGCGCAGCUUAGACCCAAUGAAAUUGAUAUGACAGUGGUAUUCAAAGACUUCAGUCGUGAUGUGCUUCAAAUCAACUCAAUUCCAUUAGAGUUACUAGCUGAUAUUAAACAUCGUCUGACCUGUUCGAACGUCAAGUACUAUCAGAACAAGCAAAAACUAAAUUGGAACGACGAAGUGAAAAAAGUUUAGAGAUUCCCCGCAGGAAGUUUAUAAUGGAUGGUGGGUGGGAGUCCUUGAACCUGGAGGCUGGUGAUGCUUGUGACUGUUACUACUGGGAAGAAGAUGGUGAUUUGAUUUACGAGGAUUGGUGAUGCUUGAGAUUGUUACUACUGGGAAGAAGAUGGUGAUUUAGUUGAAGAGGAUUGGUGAUGCUUGUGACGGUUACUACCAGGAAGAAGAUGGUGUUUAGAUGAGGAGAAUCAGUGAUGCUUGUUACUGUUACAACUGGGAAGAAGUUGGUGAUAGCUGAGAUAAAUUCAGCAUAUACGAGGUGCAUGUAAGCAACAUCCAGUAUAGCUUGUGGCAAUAAUAUAUUCUGUUGGAGGCAUCAUACAGAUCAUGUAAGAAAAAGCUGCUGGUGGAAGAUGGAUGAUGCGUUAAAGAUUGUUCUGAUGUUGUAGAGCAGCACACAAAAGGGAUGAAGCAAAUAAACUCCCUGGUGCAUGGAAGCAACACCCUGUAUAGCUUGUGCCAGUAAAUAUAUAUUCGUUGGAGGCAUCACACAGAUCCUGUAGGAAAAAUCUGGUGGUGGAAGAUGGAUGAUCCGUUAGAGAUUGUAAACGGUGCUAUAGAGCAGCACACAAAUGUGAGCAAAUGAAAGACUCCCUGGAGUGAAACAAGAGUAAUUAUCAGACAGUCUCCAUCCUAGGCAUUGUGCUGUGUCACUUGUAGGCAAAUUCCAAAUUGUGUAACCAUGAGGAAUAAUAGUAUAGCAGACCAUAAAAGACAUCACAUUAUUCGCAUCAAGAAUGUCCUACCCAAGAAGUCCUUGAUGAAGUUUGUGAGUAAGUAUGACCGAGAGUACCUACAUUGUUGUGAGUUAUUGUGUAAGAGCAUCCGCAGUCAUGAAAUGUAAUAUUAUAAUAAAUGUUGAUUAGUUCUAUGUUUUUUUUUUGUAAGUCUGUGCAGCUGAAAAUCUUACAUGAACUGGUCAAGGCCCAUAGCAUAAUUAGAAAUCGGGCAUCACUAUGUUUGCUGUUCUAGGAACAAAACUUACACAGCUAUUUCGCAAGAGUAUUUAUCCAUGUCAUGUGACCUAAAUUGUACCUAUGAGAUUAGUGGUAAA